AUGGCGAUCAAUAAAAAACUCUUACCUCUUCUCCUCCUCAUAUCAUCCCUCUCCUCAAUCGCAACAUCAUCAUUCUCAGAUCCAGAUUCCGAUUCAGAUCUCGUCAACGAACUCAUUUCCCUCAGAUCAACCUCCGAAUCAGGCGUAAUCCACCUCGACGACCAUGGAAUCUCCAAAUUCCUCAUCUCCUCCCCCACACCACGCCCUUACUCGAUCCUCGUCUUCUUCGACGCCACGCAGCUCCACAGCAAAACCGAGCUCCGUCUCCAAGAGCUCCGCCGCGAAUUCGCCCUCGUCUCCGCCACUUUCCUCGCUAACAACAACGGAUCCGAUCUAAACAAGCUCUUCUUCUGCGAGAUCGAGUUCUCCAAAUCCCAAUCCUCCUUCCAGCGAUUCGGCGUCAACGCUCUCCCUCACAUCCGUCUCGUAUCCGGUUCAACAGCCAAACUAAGCGACGAAUCUGGUCAAAUGGAUCAGUCUGAUUUCGCUAGGUUAGCUGAAUCCAUGGCUGAGUUCGUCGAGCAGCACACAAAGCUAACCGUAGGUCCGAUCCAACGGCCACCGUUUCUCUCCAAGGCGCAGAUCGGCGUCAUCGUUGCGUUGAUCGUUAUCGCGACUCCGUUUGUCAUCAAACGGAUUCUGAAAGGAGAGACUCUUCUUCAUGACAGUAGGCUUUGGUUAUCAGGUGCUAUCUUUAUCUACUUCUUCAGCGUGGCGGGAACGAUGCAUAACAUUAUUAGGAAGAUGCCUAUGUUUCUUCAGGAUCGUAAUGAUCCGAAUAAGCUCGUUUUCUUCUACCAAGGAUCGGGAAUGCAGCUUGGAGCUGAGGGGUUCGCUGUGGGGUUCUUGUAUACUGUGGUUGGGUUGCUCUUGGCGUUUGUUACUAAUGUGCUUGUUCGAGUUAGGAACUUGAAUGUUCAGAGGGGGGUGAUGCUGUUUGCUCUGUUUGUGUCCUUCUGGGCUGUGAAGAAAGUUGUUUACUUGGAUAAUUGGAAGACUGGUUAUGGGAUUCAUCCCUAUUGGCCAUCCAGCUGGCGUUGAUUUCACCUCGUUUGAGGUAAUGAGUUUAGUCUUGGAGACAUUUUGUGGAACUUGAGUAAUGAAUGAUAUGUUGGACGUUUUGUGUUUUUAUGAGUACUUUGAAUCAGUGUAGUACAAUUUUCAGAUUGAUUACUACUUUACUACUUUCUUGUUAGUCCUUCACCUGAUUGAGAAACAUAUGGAUCUCUUUUCUAAGCAAUGGCAACAUUGCUCACUAUUCGUCAGUUCAGAUACUUUUGGGCAGUCUAUCUGCAUAGUGUCAAAUUGUUAGGAUAAGAGAAAUAUCGUAUCUUGAGAUCACAGUCAUUAGUUCCCUACAGUUGUUUGUAUAUGUGAUUUCAUGUUAUAAUGGGUUUAUUUUCAUAACAUUUUCUUGGACG